UCAUCCCAUCUUAAAAAUCUAUCGCGCAGUGCGCCUCAAACAAGUUCUCACUUGUUUACAUUUACCGCCUCUCCACGCACAUAUCAGCCAUGACUGUGGUACAUAUUGUGCUUUUUAAAUUCCUCCCCAGUGUCUCCAAGGCCCACAAAGAGACCUUCGUCACUCAACUCAAGACUUUGAAGUCGCUCCCUUGCGUACUGAACGGACGUCUCGUCGUUGGCGGACCCUCAAUAACCGACCCGAUCGAGAGAAGUAAAGGAUAUGAGUUCUCUCUUGUCAGCUUCCACCGAGAUAGGAAGGCACUAGAAGAAUAUCAGGCCAGUGAUGAGCAUCAUCGGGUAACGAGCCAAUAUCUAUGGCCUUUCAAGGAGGAUGUGACGAGGUUCGACUUUGAGGUUGCUGCGGAGGAUGAAUACAUGUGCGAGUCUAUGGUAAAAGGUCUGGUUGGGGCCAGUGGAUUGGCGACGCCGACCGAGGACGACAGCUGUACCGGGACAGGAUUUCAUAGCCGGUGAGACGAGCACGACUACGAAGUGUAGAUGGAGAUGAAGGGUAGAUGGAUGGGAGCGAAAAAGCCAUAUGCGAUUAAACCCCAAACAUGCAUUACGUCAAAGAGCUCUCGCAUCUUGCCAGGAGCUACGCAAGCCUCGGCAUCGAUAU